AUGCCCAUAGAGCAUUUGACGGUUAUGGAAGAUCACGCCAUGCAGUACCGUCAACCCUCAGUCACCACGGUUACCACCGCCGUCCCUCCAGCCACAUCCAUCGACGUCCUUUUUCAGGCUUUCACCGAGAAACUUAGUGAUUUCAACACGGAUAGAAGGUCCAGGGGAGCCCUGUUUAGUGGGAAACCGAAAUUCAGCAGUCGCCGUGGGUCCAAGUCGCCGAACAAUAGUCCGAAGUUAUGUUGGUACUACGCACGCUAUGGUAAGGAUGCUGCAAAAUGCAUCCACCCAUGCUCGUGGAAAGAUCAACCUCCUUCGGGAAAAGACCAGACCAACGGUUGA